AUGAAGACCUCUUUGGCCACUGCAGUUAUGCUCUUUACUUCGGUGCUGGCAGCGCCUGUCCCCAAGGGUAACGCCAACAAUGAGAAUGCCAAUGCGAAGGUAGACAUCCCCACUGGUCCCGGCCCCGUUUGCACCGAUACCGAGAUAUGUCCGUAUGAGGUCAGUGACAGUCAAUAUGCACGCCGCCAGGAGCCUAUCCCCGCCCAUGCCCAGGGAUCUCUGAUUGGAGGUGGACUUGGACGGCGUCAGGAGCCUAUUCCCACUGACGCCAUCAUCUCACUGGCUGGUGGUGGCCUCAAGCGACGUGGUGAUGAGGAUGUCCCGGCUGAGAUCUUGGCCUCCCUGCUUGGGCGCCGCCAGGAGCCUCUACCUGGCGAUGCUCAGAACUCUCUCCUUAGGCUCGGUCUUAAAGGGCUCGGUCUUAAUCGGCGUCAGGAGCCUAUCCCUGCCCACGCCCAGGGAUCUCUGAUCGGAGGUGGACUUGGACGACGUCAGGAGCCUAUCCCCGCCCACGCCCAGGGAUCUCUGAUCGGAGGUGGACUUGGACGACGUCAGGAGCCUAUCCCCGCCCACGCCCAGGGAUCUCUGAUCGGAGGUGGCCUUGGACGACGUCAGGAGCCUAUCCCCGCCCACGCCCAGGGAUCUCUGAUCGGAGGUGGACUUGGACGACGUCAGGAGCCUAUCCCCGCCCACGCCCAGGGAUCUCUGAUCGGAGGUGGCCUUGGACGACGUCAGGAGCCUAUCCCCGCCCACGCCCAGGGAUCUCUGAUCGGAGGUGGCCUUGGACGACGUCAGGAGCCUAUUCCCACUGACGCCAUCAUCUCGCUGGCUGGUGGUGGUCUGAAGAGAAGUGAGAAGGAUGUUAUGGACUCGUACUAA